AAUUAGAAAAAAGCUUUUACAAGGUAUCAGCACUUUUCUUUCAUUGGGGGGGAAGGCAUGAGGAAAGUACCAAACAGCAGCAGACUUUUAAACUUUAAAUAGCCAGGUCUGAGUGCCUGAACUUGCCUUUUCAUUUUACUUCAUCCUCCACGGAGUUCAAUCACUUGGAGUGCCUACUUCACUUCUUUAAGUGAAAGAGAGGUGUCCAGGCAUCAUGACUGACUGGAGUUUCUUAAGCAAACUCCUUAAAAAGGUCCAAGGCCACUCCAAUUCUGGAGGGAAGGUGUGGUUGUCUGUUCUCUUCAUUUUUCGAAUCCUGAUACUGAAGAUAGCAAUUGAGUCAGUUUGGAAUGAUGAGCAGUCUGCCUUUAGUUGUAACACUCAACAACCUGGUUGUCAAAACGUCUGCUACGACAAGUCUUUCCCAAUCUCUCAUGUGCGCUUCUGGGUCCUGCAGAUCAUAUUUGUGUCCACACCCCCACUUUUGUACCUGGCUCAUGUGAUCUAUGUGAUGCACAAAGAAGAGAAACCGAACAAGCAAGUUGACGAAACUGAUGAGUACAAGGUAGAAAUGCAGAAGAAGGAUAUUGAAAUAGAGGUCAAGCGUGUCAUUACGGAGAAUGAUCAAGUGAAAAGGGAAGGAAGUCUGAAGAUCACCUACAUCAUCAGUAUCUUCUUCAAGUGUGUCUUUGAGGUGGCCUUCUUACUGAUCCAGUGGUACAUCUAUGGAUUCAGCUUGAGUGCUGUCUACACUUGCAGAAGAGAUCCCUGCCCACAUCAAGUGGACUGCUUCCUCUCUCGCCCCACAGAGAAAACCAUCUUCAUUAUCUUCAUGCUGGUGGUGUCCUUGGUGUCUCUUGCCUUAAAUAUCAUUGAACUAUUCUGUUUCUACUUCGACAGGCCCUCAACAUAUUCCCAGUUGAAUAAAUGCUGCUCACCAACUCCUCCCCAGUCACCUACAUCUCCUCCAGUGGAAAAGGCAGUUACUGGUGACAGAAACAAUUUUUCAUACCCCAUUUGUAACAAGCAAGCAAGUGGACAUAACAAGGCUAAUGAUAGCACAGAACAAAACCCAAUGGGGCAGGCAGGAAGCACCAUCUUUAACUCCCACAACCAGACUUUUUAUUUCCCCAAUGACAACUCGAAUUUUAAAGAAAUCAUUGCUGGACAUGACCCACAGCCACCAACCAGAGUGGACCAGGAACCUUCAAGCAGAGCCAGCGGCCAAGCUAGCAGCCGACCUUGGCCUAGUGGCUUGAAGGUCUAGAUACAGGCUUGAGCAUCAAAAUUUCACUCGAUUGUGGAGAAGAAAAAAGUGCUAUAGAAAGGGCACCCUAGGUGUUAAUUUUGCUCCAGUUGGAGGUGGUACUCAACAGCUUUAGUCAUGAGGCUUAGAAAACAACAAAGACUUUAGAAUAUGUAGGUUCAUCAGGGGGUGUCUGGGAUUGGUGGGUAGAGAGGGAGGGGAUAAGGGAGGUACAUGUGGAUAUUUAACGUAGUGAAUUCAAAGAACUUAAUUUCUAAAGCAGAGUUGCAUCAGGUGAUACAUAGGUAAGGGCUUUUUCUUCCCAACAUACAACCCUAAGAAUGGUUCUGUGUACGUGAAAGAGUGGGUGAUCAUUGUGGCUAAAUAUUUUUUAAAUUUUUUGUUGUACCAAGAAACUGAAAUUGCUUUGGCCAGGAUAAAUACUUCCUGAACAUUGUAUUUCUUUGCAACAAGAAAAAGACAGAAGAUUGUUCUUAUGUCUCUGCUAAAACAUUCCAUUGUUAAAAUUUGCACUUUGAAAGUAAACUUUCAAUCCUCCAGAUGUCAAAGGACUUGUGCUACUACUUUUUUUUUUUUUUAAUUCUUGGUAGCAACUGAAAGUUCAGACAAGGCCCACAGAAAAAGGUGUUCCACGCAUUUGCCAUGAAUUUGCAUCUCAGCUGGUUCCAGGAAUUUUUUUUUUUUUUUU